CACAGGUAGCCCAGUGUGUUAGCCCAUCAGCGUAUGGGGCCUUUCACCACAGGUAGCCCAGUGUGUUAGUCUGUUGGCAUAUGGGGCCUCUAAACACAGGUGACCCAGUGUCUUAGCCCUUCAGCAUAUGGGGCAUCUCACCACAUGUGGCCCAGUUCAUUUUAAAUCUAUUGAUUUGGCAGAGUCGAAUACCAGUUUUUGGUGUAUCGUAUUUAUUCGUCUGGUUUACGAACACAAAUAUUUGGGCUUUAUGAGUUGAUUCCUGGUUGAGAUAUGAAUAGUAUCCUUCAGUACAGUAAAGAGUAUCUUUUCAUCCCUCAAUUUAACUUGUUGAAUGUACACAGAGCUUACUAGAAGCUUGUGUUCCUCUGCUCUAGGAUGCACCAUUCUCAAUGCAUAAAGGUUUUUAAAUAAGAAGUGCUUAGUAGCACUAUGUUAAUACUAAGAAUAGUAGCCUUAAGGUACUAGCACUGGCUAAUUUCGGGUAUCUCCAUUUUUCUCGGAAGUGCCGUGUUUUGUACAAUUUAUAUGUGCAAUUUGAACAUCCGAACUAAUUUUUCUAUUUUUUCCAAAAGCGAAUACAGAAUCAGUGAACGAAAAUGGGGCCUUUUACCGGAACCGGAAAUAAAUUUACUUUGCUGAUUCGAAGGAAGUGACGCUUUGUCACAUAAUAUCCACGUUUUGUUCACACCUUCGGCUGGGCACAUGCGACACGAUCGGCUUCAGCAUGGCGGCUGAGAAUUUGCAACUCGAAGCAGCUUUCUUGGCAUUCAACGCCGAGUUUGCAAGGAAUGGAUUUGGACAGGCGCCCGCAGGACUUCUAGGUAUUCUGAGGCAUUUUCGCCUCCGAGAAGGGGAGAAAGCUAACGAAGGCCGCGCCAGGCUUUACAAGCGCCUCUGGUGCUUACUGUGGUUUGGAAGUAAGAAGACAUUGGGGGCCGGCCUUCCGCGAUGGCCGACGUACGUUUACCCGGAGAGCCUGAAAGCGAUCGUCAGGCUCAUUGUUCCGGGUAGCGUACAAGAUUUUGAGGACCCGGACCACGAUUCGGUAUACAAGAUCAACAUUGCAAUUUUGGCCGAGGCAAAGUGGCCAAAGACGAAGUAGAAACGAGAUGAUUCGAAUCUAUUUUUAUUGAUUUUAUUGAUUUAUCUACAUUGUAUUAGUUACUUUUCUAUAAAAAAGUGUUUUCAAUAAACCCAUAAAAUACAGUUUUAGUUAUGUCUGUGUUAGUUAGAUAAAAAGAACCAAGACUAGAACUGAAAAACAUGUAAAUGUCUGACACUGACCAGCCUCAUUUUCAUGUAUAAACUUGACUAGAACAUCUAUCAUAUUUUGUAUGCUGUAUAAAGUGUAUAAUAAACUUGAACAUGUUGUGUAA